GGACCUGUGUUUAAUAAGAUUUUUUUGUUGUCUCCUAGUAUGUAGUUCUCCGUAGUUUAUACUAUUACCUCCUUAAAUAUUUUACAAUCUUUUUUUAACACCCUGUAUUUCUAAUUUUGAAAUAAUUCUGGUGCCAAAGUGGCGGGGCCAGGGCCUCAUUUAAUGCUAAAGUAACGCUUGUAAAAAUAAAAGGGAGGGGAGUAGUUUGGUGUGCAAUCGUAAUUUGUGAACCAAUAAUAAAACAUGCAGAGAUUAGAGUUUUUUGCAAACCGUAAAAAAGUUUAACGUAUUACGGACAAAUGGCCGUUGCUAAGGAAUUAAAAAACAAGACGUUUACGUAAACGUCUUUGAAUUGACGGAAUACGCCUUUCACCGUUGAAAAACGUACACACGACAAUUAAAUGACGUUGUCGAUAAGUUUAACGUUAAAUUAAACGGUUUGCAAAAACUCUCUAUUAACCAAAAAUCCUCGAUCAGAUCUGCAUGACUGGAUGGAAUAGUCGUAGUCCUAGUUUGUACUCCAGGAACACAGUGAAGUUUAGGUCAAGAAUCAACCUUUUGCUCAUUGUAUUAAUUUAAUUGCUAAGAGUAGUUUUUAUGAUUAAAAAUUACGUUUAUUUAACAAAACAAUAUUAAAAAAAAUAUUAUCAUCACAUUACUUUUUUUAAUGUCAACGAACUCACAAUUCAAAACCUACGUAUAGGUAACUGUCGAGAUCAUUUCACAUAACUGAAUACAAAUCGUCUUCGUGCUUUAUUUCUUCAAGGUCCGACAUGGAUAAUAGUUUAAUAAUUUACAAAAAAUGGUGUAAUAUAAGAAAGAAGUGAUGUGAUCAGAUGUAGAAAUUUAAUUACUAUUACCUACUCAUAUUUAAGUAGAUUUUUCAGUUAAGUGAAAACGAUUUCAACACCCAUAAAUAACAACGAUUAUUAAGAAUCAUCCAGGUGUGUUGUUUUUUCAAUAACCAUACUAUAAUUGUUUUGAUAUUCACUAAUAACCUUGAAAAAAAGAUUUUGGAUGAACAUAGGCACGCAUUUAGCUACACAACAAGGUGUGGAUGACUCCACAUAGUAAGAUUUAUAACUAUUGCUUUGUGUUUACUUUUGUACAUAACUGUGAAGUUACUUUACUUAGUUUUUUAAUUAAUAAUGGAAGAAGUAGAGCAAGUGGAAAAGAUUGAAAAAGAAAAAUGUGUAGGACAAUUUCGGAACCUUAUGAAAGGUAAUGACAUCUUAAAGUAUGUCCCAAGUAAUGACGAUUAUUUACUCAGAUUUUUGUACACAACAUCUUUUGAUGUGAUAGAAGCUUUCAAGUUAAUGAAAUUGCAUUAUGAAUUUAUGUUAGAGUGUCCAGAAUGGUUUACUAAAGACGGCCCCUUAUCCAGAAAAUACAUAAUAGAGAAAAACAUUAGAGUUUUAACACCCUACAGAGAUCGAGAUGGUCGACAAAUAUACAUAAUCAAAACAGGAAAUUUGGAUCCCAGUAAAAUGGAACUUUUUGAUGUUGUCGGCAUUGAUGAUUGCUGGGUGGAAUUUUUAGCAGAUGAUCUCAAUUUUAGACAAAAAGGACUGUGUGUUAUUGUUGAUAUUGCUAAUUUGACAUGGAGAAUGUAUAAAUGGUGUACACCGUACUUAACACGAACUUUUAUGAGAAAAAUUAAUACAUGGCCUAUUAAAGAAUAUAGAAUUCAUGUAGUCAACACUAACUUUAUAGCAAACAGCAUUAUCAAAAUUAUAUGGCCUUUUGUUAACGAGCAUCUAAAAAAGGUGAUUAAAUUUCAUUUUGAUGAUUGGGAGUCUCUUCAUGAAUAUAUUAACCCUAAUGAAUUACCACCUGAAUAUAGAGGAUCAGCUGUAAUAGACUACAAAGAGUGUUAUAGAAAUUUGUUUAAAAAAAACGAUGAGAUAGUUAAUAACUUUAGAACAUACAGAAAUGUUAUGUAA